AUUAAACAAAGUCUUUUUAAAUGUAAACAUGAUUGUCUAUUUUGGUUACCUAUGGGUUUCCUCUUAUUCUACAUUAUAUUUUUUCAUCCCAACUAUUUCUCGUAUAAAAUGUGCAGAGAAUUUUAUUUCAUGUAUAUGUUCAGCAAAAAAGCUGUCUGUACAUUUAAACAAAUUGUAAGAAUUGCAACUUCGAUAUUCAUUUCAGUUUAUCUAUCGCACUGCGUACCGAGCUUAUAUUCAUUAUUAUUGGGUGUAGAGUAACACCGACACAAGUCAUUUUAAGUGUAUCCUAUAGAACAAAACUGAAAGUAUACAGGCUAAAACGAUAUGGAGCAGACGUAAACUUCAGAUACUACUAAUUUGAAAUCAUUUUAUUCUUCAGUGCAAUUGAAAAGAUAUUUAAUAAUUAUGAUUUAUUAUCAAAGGUUUUCAUGGAUUGGAGCUUUAUUAAUCUCGUUUUUAUUCAUUCUUUACAUCAUAUUCUCGUCGGUCUUACUGCAGGAGCAAUCUCAAGAAAGUUUAUCAUUUACAGCAACUAAUAAUAUUUCACUACAACUAAGAAGAAAUGAAAAAUCAAGGAUAUUAAAUUCAAAGAGGAAACCGAUUGGUAAAUGCGAGGUGAUCAAAGGAUAUCUACCGUUACCUGAUAGUACCGCUUUUGUUGAUGAGAGUAUACUCAAUGAAUAUUUCAACUAUGUAGAUAAUGAAGAGGGUGUAUGCCAUAAACAAAAGGUAUGUGGUUCAGAAGGUGAAUCUGGAUAUGCUGUAUGUGAAGAUCAGAAAUACAAGCCUGACGUCCCAUGCACAGUUUAUUCAUUUGGCUCAAGGUUUCAAUUUGAUUUCGAAGUCGACGUUAUAAAGAACUACAUCUGUGAAGUUCACACAUUUGAUCCUAGUCAACCUUUAAGAAAAGGAAUUAAAGUCCCACCGGGUGUUCAUUUCCAUCUAAUUGGGAUAGCCGAUAAAGAUUUUACUAAUGAUGAUGGUUGGGAAAUGCAGACUCUAUCAACCAUAAUGAGAAAACUAGGACACUCACGUAAAACAAUCGAUAUCCUGAAGAUAGAUAUAGAAGGAUGGGAAUGGAAAGUUCUUCCGGACAUACUGUUUUCUCGACAGUUUGAGUGUGUGAAACAACUUGCCAUAGAAGUUCAUUUUGGACUACAGAUUAACAAGACAACAGGAUUUAAAACAUUCUCUCGAAAUAACUGGGGUUUCGUUUCAAAAAACGAACAAAUAGAUGUCCUUAAAAGAUUGCAGACAUUUGGCUUUAAGAUAUUCAAAAGAAAAGCGAACCCUGUAUCGAAGGUCUUUUUAAAAAGAUUUUGUAGAGAGAUAACAACUUGUAACGUUUUAUCAUUAAUAAACCUCGAAUUUGAACGUAGGAAAUGUCAAAUUUAGAAAUAACUUUGAUUAUAAUAAUCUAUAAUAUGUGUUUUUUAAAUUAAUCAUAUAAAUAGAAAUAAAAAAUAUGAUUUCCCUCAUCUUAAAAACAGCGCAUUAUUCAAACGGCUUCUACAAAUGAUAUAAUUCACUUUACGCGAUCUUUCUUUGUAUAAUAUCUGUAUUGGUUCCGUUAUCUCUUCAUAGCGUCCAAUUAAUAAACAUGUAAAAGAAUUUCGCAUAAGCCGGUGCUAGGAAGCGAGAGCGGUAUCUACCUUUCCAUCACCUUUUAUGAGCAGACUCAAUUAAACAUUAAGACAAGUCCGCAGUUAGCUAUGUAAUUAAAUAAGAAACAUAUGACUUUCACAUAUGUUGGGUCUAUGAGGGUGCAAGUACGCAUUCUAAAUUAUUAAAGAUAGAGAUAAUUUAUCGGAACUAGUUACCACCACUUUACACAAGAGCAAUAACAGCAAAAUACCCGUAUAUACGGAAAAGCGAGCAUUUUCCACAACAAAUCCUAUUAUCCAAAUUAGUUUCAUUGCUGCUUUUCAUACAUGCCUGAAUUGUACUGCAUAUUUGAGCCUAUUCGAACCUUGCAUAUAUAUUUAAAUAUCUGUUAUGAUAUUAAAAACCAAGAGUGACAUUGAUUUCUUUGAACUGAUUUGAAUGAGAAGUUACAUAUUAUUUCUUUCUGUAUGUUAACUGGGUCAAGAUUAUACAAUAAAGUUUUAGAUAU